GGUGGCUGGACUAGCUGAGCCUCAUUCCAUGCAUCUGAAGAUGCAGCUUGAAGCCCAAGCAGCACAGAUUGCCCGCGAGUUACCUUCCUUUUUCGGCACGAAGCUGGUGGUAACCUACGAACUGAACACACGUCAGUACACUUCCGCGGAUCUCUGGACCAGGGCGGGGUUAGACUGCUACAAGUGGACCAUUCUGUAGAUGACGUCAUCAGGUGCAAGCUUGCGGGACAAAAAAUGGCGAAUAUUGAGAAAGUGAGAUUCUGGUCGACGUGCCGAGGGGCAAUCAGCGACUGACCGGACCUGAUGUGGGUUUGGUCCGUUAGAGCAGGCCUUUUAGACAAAGGGUGUGGUGAAGAUGUCACUGCUAUGUAUUUGCGUGAGGAAAGCACGCUUGGUGGGAGCUGCAGAAAAAUUCCAAACAUAUGUGACCCUCAAGCUUCAGAAUGCGAAGAGUACCACGAUAGCAGUGAAAGGCAAUAGUCCCAGCUGGGAGCAGGACUUCAUAUUUGAAACAGAGAGACUGGACAUGUGUUUGGUGGUAGAGUUGUGGAAUAAGGGGAUGCUAUGGGACUCCCUACUGGGAACUGUGGUAACUCCACUUCAGACCAUCCCCCAGUCUUCUGAGGAGGGGCCAGGAGAUUGGUACAGUUUGGAUGCAGACGUUCUGAUGAAGAAUGAUGUCAUCAGUGGGACCAAAACACCAACUAACCACCAAAUCAUGUUGGAUAUGCGCUUUGAAGUACCAUACAAUAUCCCAGAUGAGGAGGCCUUCCUCCUGCAACAGAAGCUUGAGGCUUUCAAUACUCUAACAGAUCAGGAGGUUCCGAAUGUUGAUGAGGAACUUCGGCAGAGAGGGAGACCACCAGGACAGCAAUCUAUGUCUGAUGAUGUGGAUAGUGACUACACAUCAGAUGGAAAUGUCCCCUAUGACACCCAACAGAACAACAUCUCCGUCCAUCAGUAUAGAAAUAUGUACCAAGCACAUAGUCCAGAUGGUUUUACAGACCAAAGUCCAGAGGUGUUUCUUCAGGAAGAACGACAACAGAACGUGCAGCUUCCAAAUGAAGACUUCCAGCCUAUGGACGAUCUGUACCAUGAUGCUUUUGAUGUCUACAAUUCCUUGGACGGAGAGCCCAAUAACUACAAUUCAGUCAGUACUGGAGUACCCAGGAGUGACAUAGACACAGAAUCUGAAGCUAGCUCUUUCCAUACCGCUGUCAGUCGCUUGCCGCGGGAGGGACAGGAGUCUGGUCACGCCCCACGUGCAACCCAGACCAACAAGACCAUGGGCAGCAGCAGGCAGUCUCUUGUGGGAAGCAGGCAAUCAUUGCUUCUGGAUAGCCCAGUGAAUGGCACAGGCAGCCGCAUGUCUUCAGCAACUGUCAGCAGACAGAGCACUGCAGAAAGCGAGCAGCCUCCGAGUACGGUGUCUCCUCGGGAAAGUGACAAGGAUGGGGCACUGACAGAGGAGGAGAGCAGCGAGAGCCCCACGCCGGCCAGACUUCGCUGGCAGAACGCCAUCGCAAAAGUUCGAAUGCAGAUCAGGCAAGAGAAAGAAGCUGAAAUUCGUGAGUCAGGGGGGAGAACCUCCCACUGGUCUGGACUGUUACCAAUGGGAAAUGCAGAGCAUUUCUACAGCAAUAUAGAUGCAAUGCCAGAAAUAAUGAAGAGGAAAAAGUCCAUUCCUUUAGUCAGUGAAUUGGCAAUGUCCUUGGCGGCAAUGAAGCGACAACAAGGUAUCCACAAUGCCAUGGCAACCAGAUCAUCCCUCAAUGAUGAGGAACUGAAACAACACGUCUAUAAGAAGACUUUGCAGGCCUUGAUCUACCCCAUCUCCAGCACCACUCCUCACAACUUUGAGAUGUGGACGGCGACAACUCCGACCUACUGUUACGAGUGUGAGGGGCUCCUGUGGGGGAUCGCCAGGCAAGGGGUCCGCUGUACCGAGUGUGGGGUCAAGUGCCACGAGAAGUGCAAGGACCUUCUGAAUGCAGACUGCUUACAACGUGCGGCAGAAAAAGCGAGCUCAAAGCACGGAGCAGAAGACAAGACACAAAACAUCAUCUCAGCCAUGAGGGACAGGAUGAAAAUUAGGGAGAGAAACAAACCUGAGAUUUUUGAGCUGAUCAAGGAAGUUUUUAGUGUAGACAAGACCUCCCAUGCAGGACACAUGAAGGCAGUGAAGCAGAGUGUUCUGGAUGGGACAUCCAAGUGGUCAGCUAAACUAGCGAUAUCAGUGGUGAGUGCCCAGGGCCUCUGUCCAAAAGACAAAACUGGGACCAGUGAUCCAUAUGUGACAGUGCAAGUUGGCAGAGUCAAGAAGAGAACGAGAACAGUAAUACAGGACCUGAACCCUGUCUGGGACGAGAAGUUUUACUUUGAGUGCCAUAAUUCAUCUGAUAGAAUCAAAGUCCGAGUAUGGGACGAAGACGAUGACUUCAAGUCCAAGUUGAAGCAGAAGCUUAGUAGAGAAUCAGAUGACUUUCUUGGCCAAACUAUCAUAGAAGUCCGAACUCUCAGUGGAGAGAUGGACGUUUGGUACAACUUAGACAAGAGAACAGAUCGAUCUUCAGUAUCAGGAGCAAUCAGGUUACGUAUUAGUGUGGAAAUCAAGGGAGAGGAGAAAGUGGCAUCUUACUAUGCACAGUACACAUGCCUACAUGAGAACCUCUUCCACUAUCUCUGUGAAAAGAAUGGUGGGAUGUACAAGAUACCUGAUGCAAAAGGAGAUGAUGCUUGGAAGAUUUACUUUGAUGAACCUGCCCAGGAGAUAGUGGACGAGUUCGCCAUGAGAUACGGCAUUGAGUCCAUUUACCAGGCAAUGACCCAUUUCUCUUGCCUGUGCUCCAAGUACAUGUGCCCCGGUGUGCCAGCACUCAUGAGCACCCUACUUGCCAACAUAAAUGCUUUCUAUGCACACACAUCUGCCUCAACCAAUGUGUCAGCUAGUGACAGGUUUGCUGCCUCCAAUUUUGGGAAAGAGAGAUUUGUAAAGCUUUUGGACCAGUUGCACAACUCGCUCAGAAUAGACCUUUCCAUGUACCGGAAUAAUUUCCCAGCCUCCAACCCAGAAAAGUUAGGAGAUUUGAAGUCAACAGUAGACCUUCUCACAAGUAUUACUUUCUUCAGAAUGAAGGUCCAAGAGCUGCAAAGCCCCCCACGGGCAGGGACAGUAGUGAAAGAGUGUGUGAAAGCCUGCCUGAAGUCAACAUAUCAGUACAUCUUUGACAACUGCUACGAACUCCAUGAGAGAGAGUUUGCUCCAGACAAGGACAAGGACAAAGUCCCUCUGGAGGAGAGAGGUCCAUCUCUGAAGAGCCUGGACUUCUGGACAAAACUCAUCAACCUUGUUGUGUCUGUAAUAGAUGAAGACAAAGCUAGUUACACACCGGUGCUCAAUCAAUUCCCAUCAGAGCUGAAUGUUGGUGAGCUGAGUGCAGCAACUAUGUGGGAGCUGUUCUCGCAGGACAUUAAAUUUGCUCUGGAGGAGCACGAUCAGCACAGGUUGUGUCCAGUAACAGACUAUAUGAACCUGCACUUCAGAGUCAAGUGGCUUUACAAUGAGUAUGUAGCCAAGGUGCCUCCUUACAAGGGAACAGUUCCAGAAUAUCCCAGGUGGUUUGAACCAUUUGUGCUGCUCUGGCUGACAGAGAAUGACAAGGUGUCCCUGGAGUUCUUACAUGGUGCACUGGACAGGGACAGAAAGGAUGGGUUCCAACAAAGCUCGGAGCAUGCGUUAUUCUCCUGCUCUGUGGUGGAUGUGUUCACUCAACUGAACCAGAGUUUUGACAUCAUCAAAAAGCUAGAAUGUCCAGACCCAGAAGUGACCAAGCAUUACAUGAAGAGGUUUGCUGCUACUGUCAACACUGUAUUGCUGGAGUACGCUAACAUUGUGCAGAAGGAGUUUGACCAGUACUGUGCAGAAGAGAAAAAGGCAUGUGUCCUGAUGAACAACAUUCAGCAGCUCAGAGUUCAGCUGGAGAAGGUCUUUGAGUCCAUGGGUGGUGAUAAGCUGGACCCGGAGGCAGGUGAUAUUCUAAAAGAACUCCAGGUGAAGCUCAACAACGUGCUGGAUGAACUCAGCCAGGUGUUUGCCAACAGUCUUGAGCCCCAGAUAAAGGAGGCUGUUGUGAGUAUGGGUAAUCAACUCAGCAAGAUCAAAGGAGCAGGAAAUGUUUCUCUCAACCAACCAAGCGCCAGAAAUAACGUCGCCCAAGAAGCUGAUGUCGUCAUCAAACCUCUCAUGGACCUGUUGGAUAAAAAUUUGACACUCUUUGCCAAGGUCUGUGAGAAGACAGUCCUGAAGAGAAUCCUAAAAGAGCUAUGGAGGAUUGUCAUGAACACCAUGGAGAAGACUGUCGUUCUGCCACCUCUCACAGACAUUAGUAAAAUUGGGCAAUACCUACACCAGGUUGAAGAGGGUUCACAGUUAAUUCUGUCUGCGGCCAAGGAACUUGCUCAUUUCUCGCAGUUCAAGCAGAAAAUCAGAAAGAAGCUUGAUCUUGAAACUUUAAGUCAAGAGCAGCUUACCUUUGCCAAGUUUCACAUAUUAAGAGACAUGAACCAGGAAGAUGCCAAGAACCUUAGCCCCAGGCAGUGUGCUGUUCUGGACAGUGCUCUGGACACAAUUAAGCAAUAUUUUCAUGCCAGUGGGAAUGGCCUUAAGAAGACUUUCCUGGAGAGAUCCCCAGACCUGCAGUCUCUGAAAUAUGCACUCUCCCUAUACACCCAAACCACAGACACUCUCAUCAAGACGUUUGUGCAGACUCAGACUCAGCAAGACCAGCCAAGUGUAGACGAUCCCCAGGGUGAAGUGUCGAUCCAGGUGGACCUGUUCACCCACCCAGGAACAGGAGAACACAAAGUCACUGUCAAAGUUGUUGCGGCCAAUGACCUGAAGUGGCAGACAACAGGCAUGUUUCGACCCUUUGUGGAGGUGAACUUGAUUGGCCCGCACCUGAGUGACGAAAGGCGGAAGCACUCUACUAGAUCAAAGAGCAAUAACUGGUCUCCAAAAUAUAACGAGACCUUUCAUUUCAUCCUUGGUAAUGAGGAUGAGCCUGAUGCCUUUGAACUCCACAUCUGUGUGAAGGACUACUGCUUUGCCCGUGAGGAUCGUCUGAUUGGCGUCGCUGUCAUGCAGUUGCGCGAUAUCGUUGAAGCUGGCAGCUGUGCGUGCUGGUGCGCCCUGGGAAGGAACGUGCACCUUGACGAAACAGGCUGGACAAUAUUACGCAUCCUAUCACAGAGGUCCAAUGACGAAGUCGCAAAAGAGUUUGUCAAGCUCAAAUCAGAGACCAGAUCAGAUAUGGAGCUGGGUUGAGCUUAUGUGCCCAAGGUGGACAUGUCCAACGUCAACAUGCCUAAAGUGGACAUGUCCAAUGUCAACAUGUCAGCCAUCAAUAUGCCAAGUGUCAACGUCCCUGAUGUUAACAUGCCAAAUGUGAGUGUUCAGAGCAUUGGUAUGCCAAACGUCAGCCUACCGAAUGUCUCUGUACCAAACGUCACUAAAGCUAAAGCCCAAACAUAAGUCCAACCCAGCAUCCAUACCUCAAACAUCCAUUGCAGAAAUCCCUAUCUACCCUAUCUUAGGUUUCUUUGACAAAGGGCAAACAAAAGAAUGGAAUUGCAAGUUGUUCCUGUAUAUAUACUUGACUGAAGCAAGACCAGAAACUGCAUUAAUUCCAGAUGUUUUAAAAGGAAAUAUCUUACAACACUGAUUUACAAUAUGACAAGCAAACUCAGUAACUGGGUUAUGAUUGUAACUGUAAUUACAAGGUACAAUACUAUUACCAAAGUACAUUUUUACAAUGUAUGAUACCAUAAGCCAGGAUCAGAUUGGAAUACUGGUACUGCUAAUUUAUUUAACCCUGACCUUAUUUGAAUAAGGUAUUCAUUCCAGAUUCCAAUCAUUGCUGAUAAUGUAACUUGCUAUUCAUGUAUUUGGUCUACCCUUACCAGAGCAAUGCUUUGUGCAUGCAGUCAGAUUUUGUACCUUGUAUGAUAUGCAUAACCCCCCUUCAGUUUCCUCAUACACACAUGUAAGAGAGGGAUGGUGGACAUGACAUUGCAGUAUUAGAAGAUCCAUGCCUGUACAUGUAAUGGAGACCUGAGAUACAGGUAAAUGCUCUCAAUUACAUGUUACAUGGGGCUGCUAGGCACUUAUGCUACUUUGUAUAUCCAUUGAACAUUUCCGAAUAUUUGAUUGAUAUACUAGUACAUGUACAUGUGUAGCCAUUCUAGGGGCAUCUAAGGCUUCUGCAAUGUGGGUUACACCUGACUUCUGACCUAUUGGUGGUAACUAGUGUCAGGCAGUGGGCAGUGCUCUAUAUCCUGUACAUGUACUAAGUCGUCAUGGACACUACCGGGAAGUUUGAGCUGACCAAAGCAGCAUGGUAUGUGAAAACAUAUUGUGUUCAACUGUUUCUUACUAAAUUUCUUCCUCAACAAUCUAUGCAGCUGAGUGGAAGAGGCAGUGUUCAUUGUUUAAUAAUUGUCUCAUAAUUACCUACCAUUUGAAUGGGGUAUUCAGAUGAUGUAUAUGUGGAAAAAAUCUGUAGAUGAUUAUUUGCUUUGUUGAUACGUCUUUGUUGGUAGUUUUUGAGGUCCAAGACCAUGUGAGAUUACUUUUCUACUAGACACAGUGGACUGACUAACUGCUUUGUACUCAGCAGUAAUCAACAGUUAUCAACAUUGUAAAAAUUAAGGUAAACAGCUGAUUGUUUUACCCAAAUCAUCACAAGUGCAACUUUCUCAUUGCCAUGCUUUAAUUGUUGCUAUGUAGGCAGGACCAACUCCUGUUGGCCCUGCACCUGUACAUUGUGUAGAUGAAGGUAUGGACACAGAAGUAUUUGUGGAAAAAGGGCUUGUCGAUAGAAAAGAAUUUGAAUGUCCAUGCCUUGUGAAUUGAUGAUUUUGCUAUUGACAGAAAUAGUGAGGUCUAAUCUCAAUACAAUAUCAAAUAAUUUCUGUUUUGGCAAUUCUGUCCUACAUGUAGCUGAUGCAGCCACAUACCCUGUGUGUCCUUGGUUUGUUAGAGCAUAGGGAUGUACCCAAGUCUGGACAGACAUUACCAGUUCAUUUUUGGUGUAAAACUGUAACACAACCAGCCAUUGUUUACAGGAUGAACUGCCCUUCCUUUCCUUUAAUUAUACUCGCCCUUUUUUUUCUCCCUGUAUCAUAAGAUAAGGUAGAGCAGUGUACAUAUUGCAGAAUAUAGGGAAUCUAGAUUUUGUAAAUUGCAACUUUCUUCUUUUUCACCCUGAAGUAUUUUGUUAUUGUAUUCAAGAUUCUCCUCUUUGUAUUGUUAGUAGAAUCCAUGCUUAAUCUUGUUUUACAUUUGGUAUAAGAUGACAAAAAAAACAACAUAUUAGUGAAGAGUUGCAAGGUAGAGCUAUCAUAGUGACUGUAUAGACUUAUACAUACCUGAUGCCUGUAACUUAAGAACAUGGAAAGCGAGAGAUUGCCUAUAUCGUGUUUCCAGUUCUUGUGAUAGAAAGGCACUGGUACAAUAAGGAGAGAAAACUGUGAAAGCUGGUCUUCAUAGUUGUUAGCCUGACCACUGCCAAACUAGAGUAUUGUUACCACUGGGAAAUGUACCAUGGAGCGUCAGGGGCUGUAGGGUUAUCUACACAGGAGAAAUCAGACGGACAUGAAGGAGAAUUUGAAACAAGUGUAGUUAACUUUUCUAUGCAGUGUGGCUGUUACUAUGGCAUGUUCAAGCUUCUCUUCAAAACCAUCGUGAUUUUAGGAACCGACUUCUUCUGAUGUGGACACAAAGGCUGUAUAGAAUUGGAAUCCAAGGAACUUUUAUUACUAGCACUAGUAACUAUGAAUGUUUGUACCAUCAAGAAACAAUGGCUUGCUAAAACAAAAUGUGAUGCCAGUACAGACUCCAGUAAAAUGCAUGGCGUAGACUUUAGCACUCAUUUUAGCAUGGCUUGUUGUCUUGCAAUCAAUGACCCUGUUUUUGUAUGCCACAGAGAUAUCCUAUGAAGAAAAAAAGAUUAUCAUUGUAUGUCAAUUGAGACUAAAUGGAGUUAUGUCAUGUUGUAGAUGGUAUAGUAGUAUUCUAUAUGGCUCUAGCUAAUCUGUGUAUGUGAAUUGUGUAUUUAGACAGUGCUGAGAUAGUAUACAUGUCAGUGUAUUGUGGAUAGUGUGUGAACCAUGUGUAUAUGUAUGCUUUUGAAUUCUAUGAACAUUGAAAUUUUGCUUUAAUACUUCAAUGAUCCAAUAUUUCCAGCAAAGGAAUAUGUAAAUAGCUAAAUUCAUUUAAUAUUCAAAUAAUCGUCAUAUCUGUAGUAGCCUAUAAAAAUUCUGUGCAAUUUUAUGAUUCUUUGAGGGGACCUACUUGUGACAAAGGACCAUAUUGAUGUGUUUCUUCUUUUAUUACUUUGUUGUAUCAUUUUAGUAAAAAGACAGAAGAGGGCGUCUACAAUCCUUGUAUUAUUACCACAGUCUGAAUAUUGAAUUGAUCGAUUAAAAGUAAAACAAAUUUUAAAUAU